UGCUGCUGCCGCCUGCUCUCAUUCGCCUUCCAGCUGGGGCGCAGUUCAUCUUGAACGAGCCUAUUGAUUUCUAGGCAGGCGAGCAGAAGUCGAACCGGAAAGUCCGUCACUUUUCCGCUUCCUGUCAAGAGAGCUGCCCUGCAACAUCAUUUCAUGAUGCCAGCAUUCUACCUACUACAACCAUGAAGUAAGAAACAAAGACCCCACAAGAAUGCCCAAGUCUAAGGAAGUUCUGUCUUCCACAUCUGGAAGUGACUCUGACAGUGAAGAGACCAAGGCAAAAAGAAAGAGGUCAAAUGCACCAGAGAAACGAACCAAGAAACCAAAGAGUGGAGAAAGUUCCAAACCAGGUAGCUCAUCCCGGGGCAACAGUAAUGGUGAUGACAACAUGUUCCAGAUUGGAAAAAUGAGAUAUGUCAGUGUCAGGGACUUUAAAGGUAAAGUUCUGAUUGACAUCAGAGAGUACUGGAUGAACCAAGAUGGGGAGAUGAAGCCAGGAAAAAAAGGUAUCUCUCUGAAUCCUGAACAAUGGAAUCAACUGAAGGAUCAGAUCUCAGAAAUUGAUGAUGCCAUUAAGAGAACAUAAGCAUUCCUUUCAUGUCAUCUGUUGAACCAAUUGAACAUGGCUAAAUAGUUUUGUAAAACCCCACAAUUGCUUUCUAAUGGACUUAUGGACUUUAUUUUGUAGUUGUAUACAUCUGGUGUUGCCUGGUUUUGUGUGGAACUCGUUUUUGAACUGUUGUAGUAAAGGUAUGUGUUGAAGACUAUGUGGUUGAUCAUUACAAUUUAUGGGCAGGUUGCAUCAAUUAAGCAAUGUUUGUAUUGAUUAAUAAAAAUGAGGCACUGGCUUCAUAUUGUUGUUCA